AGAUAGAUAGAUAGAUAGAUAGAUAGAUAGAUAGAUAGAUAGAUAGAUAGAGACACACUCUCUCCCUCUCUCGAGUAUAUAAUAUCUCCAUAUAGGCUAUGAUUUAAAUAUAUAGCAUAUAUUCUUUUAACAUGUUUUUUAAAAAAUAGUUUAGUUGGCAGUGCGCCACCAUUGAAAAGAAGCCUAGGUUAAUAAAUAACUGGGAAAUGGAAUGGGGAUGGGCUUAAAGAAAAAACUGGAUGUACGCCCAUGAAAAAAACUGUAUAAAAGAGAAAGCUGCGAUUGAGGUUGUUAGUCAUACAGCUGGCAUCGAGGAUUUGUUGAGCUUUGGCAUGUGGAACUUAUUGACUUCGAGACUUUUGGGAUAAAAUAAGAUUUUUCUACAACAACAGCUCCAGCACAAACAACGGUGAUGGGCGGAGGAUGUCUUAAGACAGCCCCCUUCUUUUGUCAUGGACUGGCUGAAUCAGCACAACAUGUGCGUGGGUCGCGCCCUCAGAACGCGCAGUGAGCUCCAUCCGCUCUCAUCUUAACUCUGAUGAGGGUUAUGGAUGUGCGAUAGACGGUUUUGCAAAUUUGAUGCAACGCGCCAAAACCAAGUGCUUCUGGGAUUCUCGUGCGGAUUAAAUCUUUUGUUUGGAUUAAUUGAUUGGUUGGAAGUGUGGAGACCCAAAGCGGACACGGAGUCGAUGUCUGAGAUGCACUGUAAAUUAACACUUAUUGCAUAACUCAGCUUAAGAACAACGCCAUUGAAGAACCUUUACCAUGCAGGGAUACGCGUGGAGUUCAAAUCAACGUCCCCCGCCAAACUACCAAGAACGUGCUCCACCUCCGUACCAAGAACGUGCUCCCCCUCAGUACCCACAAUACCCACUUCAGUACCAAGAUCAAUUCCUGCCUGAUUACCAAGACUUCAGGAAUGAUCAACCCAAUAUGCUCCAGGCACAGUUCAACGCCCAAUUUGCUAGACCAAACAUGCAUGGAUAUAAUACACAGACAAACCGGGCUCAUCCCCAGUACCUGUGUGCUGCCUCCAACACACAGCAGCACUACCCAUCUGAAAACCCCAACACAUAUAGGUGUUAUGCCCAAUUUGCCAUACAAUCAAACUCUUCCUCCCCACAGAACUACAGAAAAACAGGCCACAAUCAAGCUCAAAUGUAUUGGUCUCCACAGUCAAACCAUGGCAGCUCUGUGGGUAACAACAGGGGUUGGAGUUCCCACACUUCCAACAAUGGCAGCUCUUGUUCCAUGAACAAUCAGCAACAACUUCAAGCUCCUAGAACAGCUCCUCGUCAUCAUCAACAACAUCAGUUCUCUAGACAACACUCAGGCAAACAACAUAUGCACCACCGGACACAAGGACACCGCCAACAAUCCUCUUCUUGGGCCCAUAACAAUGGAGUUUCCCAGAGAAUUUCCAACAAUCAAGCUCAGAGCCGAACCACGGCCAAUUAUACCUUGUGCAACCCUAUGUCACCACCUUCUGGAGCACAAAGUAACAUUUCAUUGCUUUCCAAUAACUUAAACCAAAGUCCUGUUAACCAGAACCAGCCAGAACUGAGGUCAAACGUAGGACCAGAUGUAUCGACAAUCCAUUUUCAGAAUAAUCAAAGCACUGGGCAACAGUCUCAAGGCACAAACUGUGGGACACAUAACGUUAAUGAAACCUCUCAAAUGACACGGACCAAUGAAGCCCAGCCUCAGCCUCACUCUAGAUCUUAUGCUAACACACUAAUAUAUAGAUUACUGUGUUCAAAUGGCAAAGAACAAGCAAAUAAGCAGCAAUCGGUUGAAGAAAUUGCACAUCAGAACACUUGUUCAGAACAGUCGGAGGUUUGUGCAACCAACAGGACUGACCAACAUUCAAAGGAACCUUCUUCUGGACCUAGUGCACAGUGUACAGUUGAACCACCCAGUAAAAGAAUGAAGUAUGCUGUGGUUCAGACAGACUAUUGGAACAAAGAAACAAGUGUCUCCAAAAAUUUUGGAGCCCAAUCUGCCCGUCCUGGUACCCAUCAGGCAGGUAGUAAUGAGAACAGAUUUAAAGGAAUGAGUCAACACAGCAUACAGUACAGUACGGACCCAGCAGACUGUCUUGAAGCGGUGUUUGCACUACAGAAAGUCUCUCAGCAAGUUCACAAGGCCAUAGCCAUAGUUCCACCCAUUUCCCAGCAGACCUCCAACACUACACAGAUGGCUGAUACCAACCCAAAAAAAUCAGACAGUCCACAAUUAAAGAUUGAUUCCGUUUGGACACUUGUUGAAGAGUCUGAUGCACAAAAAACCCUACAUGACAAGUUGCCUGAAUCCCCUUCACCAACAGCUCAACAAGAGGACAAAAGCCUUGAAAUUGAGACUACAAGCAACAUUGCAGAUUCUGAUACAUGCUCUACUAGCCCAGUUGAAUGUCAAAAUAAUGCUCAGCAAGAUGACUGUGAGUCAAGUGAUGCUUCAUUAGACUUGUCCAGUGUGCCAGUGGUUAAGUACACACUGGAGAAACUAAGGGACUUAGUGAAGUCUUUAGAGAUUGCGGAAUUAUCAUCUGGAUAUCCAGUGGAAUCAGAGAGCUUUUUUAAUAGGAUCUUGAAACUCUACUGGAAUGGGAGUCAAGACAAUCUUGUGGAGGCAUUGAAAUCAUUUAGAAAGGAGGCAGAGCACCAGUCAUCUGUUGAUAUCGUAUGGGAUUAUGAGUCUGUGGUAUUUGAAAGCAUUGAAACCGAAAACCUAAAGAAGCUUGCUCAUUGCGACGUUCUCAACAAUGAGAUGUAUUCAUCAUCUGAGGAGUUCAAGUCUUCUUGGUUAAAUGUUGAUGGGCAGCAAGCUGAUAUUGAGAAGGUGCUUUCAGAACCACUGUUGGAUGACAUAACUGUGAUCAAAGCAACAUCACAGGUAUUUUCAGAUAAGACUGUUGUCACUUCAACUAAUUUAGGUGCGAAUUCCCACAAAGAUGCGCCUGAGGUUUCAUCCACUGAGAAAAGUGUAAAACCAGACACGGGUAGUCCAGCAGCUCUUCUUGCACCCCAGUCAGGAAAUGACAGGGAGGAAAUGGCCACUGAAAACAAUGGUCAUUCAUAUGCAGGGCUGUCUAGAAUGACAUAUCUGAGCAGCGUCUCCAGUGAGAAAGAGACAUUCAAGAAGCAAGUGGACAUCAAUCAAAACUACAAUUUUAACACAAAACCUUCAGAUAACUCCCCAUUAGCAGAAAGAUCUACAGAGAAACUUACAGACAGCAGCAAUGAAAUAGAAGUAUGCAGACAAGAUCAUUCUGAGCAAACAUGUCAUAACUUGUCUGUGUCAGAAUCACUUCCUCUGAGCCCUGGAAACAGUGUUUCAGAUAGUGUAAAAAAGUCUGACUUAUCUUUUUCUACUGAGACUCUUUGUAAUUCUAAGGAUACAUGGCAGAUAGAAGAUAUUUCUGAUGAUGAAAAUCCAGGCAAUAAAGAGGCUCUUAAUAAAUCCUCAGACAUCGGGCUGGUAGAGGAUAUUUCAGAUGCUGAAAAUUCUGGAAAUAAGGAGGUUCUUCCUAUCUCCUCAGACACCUCACCGGUAAAAGAUAUUUCAGAUACUGAAAAUUCUGGAAAUGAGGUUCUUCCUAACUCAUCAGAAAACUGGCUGGUAGAAGAUAUUUCAGAGGAUGAAAAUACUGGAAAUAAGGAGGUUCUUAACUCCUCAGACACCUGGCCAUUAGAAGAUAUUUCAGAGGAUGAAAAUACUGGAAAUAAGGAGGUUCUUAAUAACUCCUCAGACAUCUGGCUGGUAGAAAAUAUUUCAGAUACUGAAAAAACUGGAAAUAAGGCGGUUCUUCCCAACUCAUCAGAAACCUGUCUGGUAGAAGAUAUUUCAGAGGAUGAAAAUACUGGAAAUAAGGGUGUUCUCAAUAACUCCUUAGACACCUGGCCAUUAGAAGAUAUUUCAGAGGAUGAAAAUACUGGGAAUAAGGAUGUCCUCAAUAACUCCUCAGACACCUGGCCAUUAGAAGAUAUUUCAGAGGAUGAAAAUACUGGAAAUAAGGCGAUUCUUCCUAACUCCUCAGACACCUGGCAGGUGGAAGACAUCUCUGAAGAUGAGAAUCCAGACAAUAAGGACACUUGUAGUAACUCCUCAGACAUAUGUGUGGAGGAAGAUGUUUCUAAUGAUGAAAAUUCAAGCGAUUCCUUGUUAAUGGAAAUCACAGUGCUAUCGUCUGAAGAUGCUAAAACAUUUUUCCAACAGUUGGAAAAUGAACCUGAAUGUGGUGUCAAAACAACUACAUCAACAUUUGACUGCCGGGAUCUUGUAGCAUGCUUUGAUGCAUCAAGUCAGCCUAACCAUGAGUACAACAAAGCAGAUACUUGCUCUCUCUGUGGUACCAAAAUUGUGAUAUCUAAUUCCACUAAUGUGACGGCCAAUGAUGGUGAUCAUUUCUGCUCCCAGUGUUGGGAACAGGCACCAUUGCUUGAGCUAGAAGAGGAGCCAUGCUCUCCUGUGAAAAAUGAGGCUGGUGUACUGACCUCUCCUGCUAAAUCCAACAAACAAGGCCAAGAUUGUAGUCCGCCAUGUUUUAAACUGGAAGUGAAGGAUGUGGCUUCAACAAAGGAAUGCAUUGUGUAUGAAAGGCUGACAGGACAAAAAAGUGACUAUAUGGUAAGAUUAGGACUGGUACAAAAUUCGCCAACUCUUGAACUGAAAGUCAAGGAGCUAAAUGUUACUUCACCAGAGACAUGCACUGUGGACGAAGGACAAAAAAGGGAUGGUAUUGUAAAAUCGGAACUGGGGGAAAAUUGUUGUCCACCAUGUCUUGAUUUGCAAGUCAAGAAGCCAGCUGUUGCUUCCCUAAAGGAAAGUAUUGGAAAUAAAAGACUGUCUGGGCAAAAAUGUGAAGGCAUGGUAAAAUCAGAACUAGGACAAACCCGUAGUCCACCACCUCUUGAUCUAAAAGUUAAGGAGCUAACUGUUACUUCAACAAAGAAAUGCAUUGCAGAUGAAAAAAGAGACUGUAUGGUAAAAUCAGAACUGGGACAAAAUUGUAGUUCACCAUCUCUUGAACCGAAAGUCAGUAAGCCAACUGUUGCUUCAACAGAGGAUCGCAUUGAUGAUGAAGGACGGACAGAACAAAAAAGUCAAAGUUUGUUAAAGUCAGAACUGAGACAAAAUUGUAGUCCACCAUCUCUUGAACUGCAAGUCAAGGUGCCAAAUGUUUCUCCUCCAGAGGAAUGCACUGAAAAUGAUAAAAGACUGACAGGACCAAAAAGAGACUGUAUGGUGAAAUCAAAACUAGGUCAAAAUUGUAGUCGACCAAGUCUUGAAAUAGAAGUCAAUGAGCCAACUGCUGCUUCAACAGAGGAAUGCACUGAAGAUGAAAGAAUGAUGGGACAAAAAAGUGAAAGUUUGUUAAAAUCACAACUGAGACAAAAUUGUAGUCCAUCAUCUCUUGAACCAAAAUUGAAGGUGCCAAAUGUUGCUUCCCCAAAGAAAUGUAUUGCAGAUGAAGGACUGGAAAAAUCAGUGACACAGAAAAUGCCUGAAAUUCAGAGGCCAGCUGAACAGAAGCUUAUCAAGAUUCAACCAAAUAAGGAGAAAAAGGAUAAAACGGAGACAAACGGAUUUGCCAAGCCCCAACUGCUCUUCAAAUGCAACAAACCACCUCCCAAAAAAUCGUCCUUUUUUAAGCAUAAGCUCAAAUCUGGUAGCACUAGUACUGGUUCUGAUGAAUCUGUGCUUUUCACUCCAGAUAUUGUGGUUAAAAAGAACUUGCCACAAAAGAAAAAAAAUCUCAAACGCCCUAGUGGUGAGAGUCAGGACUGCAGCAAGGUGAAAAAAUUCAAAGAACACAGGCAAGAAAGACAAGAUUAUCCUGACAGAACCUCACAGAACCAUAGAGAAACCCUACAGAAAGUUACAGAGAAAGUGCCCGGUCAUUCAAAUGACACGUCACCCCACGGGUCAACAAAGAAGCUUGAGCUGCGCGGUAUUCUGUCAGUGAAUAAAACUAAAACAAUUGAGCCAAAGAAAGUGAGAUUUGAUUUGUAUGGAUCCAACAGAGAAAAACAGAUCUAUGCUCAUGAGCGGCGUUUUUCAGCCCCUGCUAGCUUAACGGUUUCUGAUACUUGCAAAGACUAUACCGAUGUGCUUUCUGCUAAACAAAAAGUACUCAACCAGUGGAGCAGCACCUUUAUACCUAAAACAAAGAGCUUUCAUCCCAGGUCACCACAGGAGGGAGCACCACAGAAGAAAAAACCACAGAAAACUAAGGACCUCUUAAAGUCAAGCAUUAGUGCAUUAAAAAGCCAUAUGACUCACAGAGCAAAGCUCCAGUCCAGUAGCAAGAAAGAGACAAAUCACUUUAGAAAACCAGUAUUUCAUCAAAAGCUUACAAAAACACUAAGCGGCUAACCUAGUUGCUUUUAUCAUGUUUACUUAAAUAUGUUUACACAUAAUAGCUGUGGCAGAAAUGUGUGACAGUUUUCUGUUGAUGACAAUGAUGGAUGUUUUUUUUUUUUUUUUUUUAUUGUUACUGAAAGCAAAAUAGAAAACUUUAUUUUUCUAAGGUGUUGUUGUUUGUAAUAUACUCCACUGUAUGUGACUGAAAAUGACUGCAAUCAGUGUUAUUUUAUAAGAAUAUUUUUAAUAACUAUUGUUAGUACUUCUUGAUGCUGUAACAUAGUAUAAAUAUAUAUUUGUAUUUGGAAAUACAAGACAAUUUACUGGAAAGGCAGUUGUGUCACUUAAUAAAUGUUUUAAAUGA